GCUGGCUAUAUAAGGACGGGUGGACAUGCACACUGCCUCUGUGUCUCGGCAGCGCCCUCUGGUGCCAGACUUGACAACCAGCUCCUGCGCCUGCUUGCCGGUAGCGACGUCUGCAUCCAUCCGGAUCUUGCCGUUGUUUCUGGAGUUCCCUUGAUUGAUUUUUCUCACCAAUCAACUCCGCUAUGGCUACUUGUCGCUGCUUGCUGAUCCUGGCCAUCACCAUGGCAACACUGAAAUUCCUGCUUGCCGACGACGGUGAGCUGAGUGAGGCAACUCGCUACGAGCUGGAAGACGCCGACAGCAUGGAGGACAUCUUCUCCGACAAACGAGGGUUCGGAGACAAACGAGGCUUCGGCAACAAACGAGGGUUCGCCGACAAGAGAGGGUUUGCAGACAAGAGAGGGUUCGGCAACAAGAGGGGUUUUGGGGACAAACGCGGCUUUGCCGACAAGAGGGCAUCCGAGUACUCCACCAACGGCUUGCUGGCAGCGCUCUUUCACGGUUACCCUGGACAGCCGUUGCCUGGCAACAGUGCUCUCAAACGUCUACUGGAGAAGCAAGGACUGUGGCAAUGACUAACUGCCCUUUACAGUAUUUCUGAUGAUGCAACCACUUCUGGUGUUGCGCAUGCCAAAUGAGAACAUAAAGAAAAGAUAGACAGAACAUAAUAGAAGAUAGAGGACAGUGGAAGCUAUACAUCCAUCAAUGACUUUACACAGCUUUUGAACAUUUGCACUUUGAGACAAAUUUCUCGUUUCAGACCACCACCAACACCAACCAUUUUGCCUCAGCUAUUUGUAUUUCCGAAUUUUAUCCCAAUUUCCCUGUAUGGGGAAUAAUUAUGUAAAACGUUUGUUUCCUUGCGAACCUGAAGCUGUUUUAUUCUGAAACAAGUGCUUCUCAAUGCGCAAUAAAUUCAACACCUGUUUGAAACCAAUUCAAAA